UUGAUAUGUGGACAUCAUAAAUUUAUACCCACAAUAAUAUCAAUCAUAAAUAAUCAAACAUUUUAAAUUCCAAUAUCAUCUUCCCAUUUUCUUUAUAUUAUAUAUAUAUCAUAUAUUUCUUUUUUUUUUUCCUUUAAAUUAUUCCUAUUUGAUCUCCUUCUCUUCCACUUCCUUCGGCGAUAUCAUUAUCCAUUCAUCAAAAUCAAUCACCGGGUAUUUCACUUUCCGGGAAAAUCUCUCAUUUUUCUCAAGAAAAUUUUCAUUUCUCCUCCCCCAUUCAUGAACCUUCCUUUAUAUAGACCUCUCUCUCGCCUCCACAUGUCCUUCAUCCCCCAUUUCUCCUCUUUAUUCUCCCCUUUUCCCGACCUUCAUCUCUCUCCCAUGGCCGCCGCUUGUCUUCCCCUUUCCUCCGACCCUAAUUCCUCUCUCAAAAUCCUCAAAUUCUGCCGACCCACUUUCUCCGAUCAUCUUUCUUCCUUGUCCAUUUCCCCAAAUCCCCAAAAUACCCACGAUUCUCUUCUCCCCCCUUCCUCUGACUCCGAUCUCUGGUUCUUAAUCCGUCAGGAAGCUUGUUCCGAUGUCGAACAAGAACCCAUUUUGUCCAACUAUUACAUCACUUCUAUUCUCACACAUGCUUCCAUGGACAAAGCCCUAGCCAACCAUCUCUCCAUUAAGCUCUCUAAUUCUAGUCUUCCCAGUUCGACUCUGUUUCAAUUGUUUUCUGAUGUUUUAACUGAUGAUGGUGGUGAGAUUUUGCGAUGUGCGGUUAGGGAUUUGAAAGCGGUUAAAGAAAGAGAUCCGGCUUGUAUUAGUUAUGUGCAGUGUUUUCUGAAUUAUAAAGGGUUUUUAGCGGUACAAUCGCAUCGAAUCGCUCAUAAACUUUGGUCUGAAGGGAGGAAAGUUUUGGCUAUGUUGAUUCAGAACAGAGUAUCUGAAGCUUUUGCUGUUGAUAUUCAUCCUGGUGCGAAAAUUGGAUGUGGGAUUUUGCUUGAUCAUGCGACGGGCGUUGUUGUUGGCGAGACAGCGGUGAUCGGAAACGAUGUUUCGAUUCUUCACCAUGUGACAUUGGGUGGUACCGGGAAGGACUCCGGUGACCGUCAUCCGAAGAUUGGAGAUGGGGUUUUGAUCGGAGCUGGAACUUGCAUUUUGGGGAAUAUUAAGAUCGGAGAUGGAGCGAAGAUUGGAGCUGGGUCGGUGGUGUUGAAGGAUGUGCCACCGCGGACGACGGCCGUAGGGAAUCCGGCGAGGCUGAUCGGCGGGAAAGUGAAUCCGAUUAAGUUGGAUAAAACUCCAAGUUUCACUAUGGAUCAUACUUCUCACAUAAAUGAGUGGUCUGAUUAUGUUAUAUAGAGAUUUUUGUUCUUCUUCUUCUUCUUCUUGUUUUUUUUUUUUUUUUUUUUUUUGGGUGGGGAGGGGGGAGUUCUUGUGUUCUCAUUUUUAGCCAUUGAAUUUAGAGUUGAAGCUCUAGUUUCUGGUAAUAAUGGCUAAAAAGGGAGAGAAAAAGAGAACCCAAAAAGGUUAAUAUAGUUUUUUUUGUUUUUUUUUUUUAAUAAUUAUUUUGGUAGGAAAAAGAAAGGAACCCCUGCUCGGGAUUGUUGGACUUGAAUUUGAUUAAAAUAAUAGUUGAAAGUUUGAGUUA